CGCACAAAGGGUUAAAUGCUUACAGGAAGUUCAUCCCUGGCGUGUAUAAAGACGCUUCCUGUGCUAAUUUUGUGAGAAACAUGUAUUGAAACAUUAAUGGCUUGACGGUAUAUACAGAUACAAGACUCAAAUAAGCAGCAGCACAAGAUGAACUACGUACCAGGGACGGCAAGCCUCAUUGACGACAUCGAUAAGAAGCACCUGGUGCUGCUCCGAGAUGGAAGAACAUUGAUUGGUUACCUGAGAAGCAUUGAUCAGUUUGCCAAUUUAGUUUUUCACCAGACAGUUGAGCGCAUCCACGUGGGAAAAAAGUUUGGUGACAUCCCCAGAGGAAUAUUCAUCGUGAGAGGAGAAAAUGUGGUGCUGCUUGGAGAGAUAGACAUGGAUAAGCCCUGUGACACGGUGCUGCAGCAAGUCUCCAUUGAAGAGAUCUUAGAGGAGCAGCGGCUGCAGCAGCAAGCCAAACAGGAGACCGAGAAAGUCAAAAUGCAGGUCCUGAAGGACCGAGGCCUGUCCAUACCCAAAGCUGACAACCUAGACGAAUACUAACGCAACCUAGUUGCCGUGGGCCUCUUUCUCAGUUGGCAUUGGACUGACGAGUUUUAAGUUGAACCUGAGAGUGCAUGGCAGCCUGACUUUUUGUUUUUAAGUGAGCAGAACACACCAUUAUCCUGAGUCAAUCUACUGUGAUGUACUGUAUCGAUUUAAUUUGAGUUUUGUAAGGGGGGGGUGUCAUGUCAAGAAAGUUUAAAAAAAUAUUUUUUUUUUCUGAAAUCACUAUGUUGACAAUUAAGAAUCAAUAGCACUUUGUAUUCUUUCAUCAUGUGGUGAAUGUUUAAAUAAUGUGGAACUGCUAUUGAGGGGGGCGGGGAGACUACAUGCUUUGGCCCAUUAAAGAGUUUAAUUUUUCAUCAUGGAAGGUCUACUUGGGUGGGGUGGGAGGGGUGUCAUGCCUUAAAGGGAUGUGAAGCUCGUCACUUUAGGUCAAUCAGGGCCCAGUGCCCUCUUUUAGGAUGGCGCCACAGACACCACCAUGCAGAUCACGUUAGCCGCUGUAAUGUGACAUCAAACCGGACACUUGUGCAUUUGUUAUGUGAGGAAAUGCCAUAAUUCAUUGUGGUAAUUGCACUUAAGCAGGCGGCAUAUCGGUGCAUCAGGCUGCCCCACGUCCUGUUUAUAUAAAUGAGAGCCCGUCCGCACUCUGAGAAAUCGAUCCUAUCUGCCUUCAGCGGUCAAUAAUAAGCUUGUUAAUCGUUUUGACAGAUCCAUCGUGGCUUCUGUGAAACGGGGCAG